CAAUGGCUUGAGUUUGUAAAAAACUUGGAUUCUCCUCUUUCCAUGUCCACACACACAGCCCCUCUGUCUCUCAGACUCAGAGAGAGAGAGAGAGAGAGAGAAUGUGGGUAGGGAGGAAGAAGGAAGAAGAGUAGGGGGAAGGGAAGACGAUGAGUUUGCCAUGCAUUAUCAUUCCAUGGCCUGGCAAUGUACUUCCUAUGCCUUUUCCCCUCCUUCACUUUCACCACAUAGAGACUGCUGGCCUUCUUCCAUCGCCACCGCCAACAGCAGCAGCAGACUCAAGUCACCAAAGCCAUCCACCUCCUAUUCUACCUCGCCCGUUCCACUUUCUUCAGUCGCCAACACAAGCAGAAGCAGAAGCAGAAGCAGAAGCAGAAGUCCCUCCUCUUACAAUACCCUCGUCUUCCAGGCAGUGAGGCUUUUAGGCCCCCCAGCAAGGUUUGAAGCUUCGAAGCUGAAAGUCAUAUUGAUGGAACAAGAGAUGAAUGAGUACGAAAGAAUUGUGCCAAGGACCUACACCCUUUCCCACUGUGACUUCACAGCCAAUCUGACCUUAACCAUCUCAAAUGCUAUCCAGCUUGAUCAGUUGAAGGGGUGGUACAGUAAGGAUGAUGUUGUUGCGGAGUGGAAGGAAGUGAAUGGGGAUAUGUACUUAGAUAUCCAUUGCUAUGUGAGCGGACCUAAUCUCUUGCUAGACCUAGCUGCCGAGUUCAGAUACCACAUAUUCUCCAAGGAGAUGCCAUUGGUUCUUCAGGCUGUGAUGCAUGGAGAUUCUCUACUUUUCACAGAGCGUCAAGAGCUAAUGGAUGCAUUUGUUCGCGUUUACUUCCAUUCUUGUUCGAAGAAGUACAACCGUGUGGAAUGUUGGGGACCGCUCAAGGAUGCUGCGCAGGGAAGACAAGGAGAUCAAAUCAGCGGCUUAUUAAAUGCAGGUAUAGAAGAUACGCAACCUCGCAAAAUUUGGGGGAGUCCUAAAUCGAUUUUCCAGGCUGUUGUUGCUUUCCUUCUGUGAUUUGUAUAGAAUAAGCAACACAAUCUCAAGGCAACUCCUCAGCUACUGCUGCUUCUUGCAAGUGUUGGAACUGCAGGAGAUUUUCAUUGGAAAGUGGAAAGCCCGUUGUGAGAACUCAAGAUCAAACAUCUAGAGCUGUGACAAGGAUUGUUAAGUGUCAUAUGAUUCUUUUGUACUUGACCCAAUUCUUCAAAUGGGAACCUUGACUCAACAAUUCUUGUAAAACCAAGACCAUUUUGUUCAUUCAUGAAUCAAUCAGCUGCUGAUCCUCAUGUUCUG